GGUGCUCCAACUGCAAGCGCGGGCGUCCCGGCACGUUGCAUUUCGAUCGCGGCACGCAGAGGUAACAGAGAGGGAGAGGGAGAGACAAUGAGGGAUCUGGAGGAGUUCCGGGGCUCGUCGGCGGCGGGGCCGCCGCGGAAUGUCGGCGGCGGCAGCGGGGGGUCGUCGGCGGUGACCACGCCGUCGUGGUGGGCGGGCGACCCGGAGGCCAAGCGCCGGCGGCGGGUGGCCGCCUACAAGGCCUACGCCGUGGAGGCCAGGGUCAAGGCGUCGCUCCGCCGCGGCCUCCGCUGGAUCAAGGACCGCUGCACCGGCAUCGUCCACCACCGCCGGUGACCGGCCGGCCCGCGCCGAUCGACUCGUGCCGCCACGAACCAACGUCGUCACGUUGGCGUAUCACAUGGCGUGCCCUUUGACCGCUUCGCCAUCUUGCUGUUCAUAAUGUUUCUGUUUUCUCCUCUCCUUUUUUCUUCCUCAUCGUUUCUUAUUAAUUUUGUUCUUAUGGAUGCAAUGCAAGCAACACACGGAAAAGAAAACCGUUCCAAUAACCCGGUUUUUUUCCUCGACGACGACGACAUCAUACUUUUUAUCUUUUGAUUGAUGAGUUGCG